AUGCUGGUGGAAGAGCACAAGACACACACCGGCAUGCUGGCAGGCCAUCAAGGAGCAGAGAACCACGUGGAGUUUGGCCAGGGCAAUCCAAAGAGAGCCCCGGCUGCUGAGCGGCCUAACUCCAGGGAAAAACCUUCCCACUCCAUCCCCUUCUGGCUUCCCCCAUCUACUGAGAGCUACCUCCACUCAAUAAAAUCUUGCACUCAUUCUCCAGGCCAAGCCAAUGGCGUCUGUGUCUUUAAAUGCUUACUCAACAGAGACAUUGAAUGUUGCUGUGUGGGGAAGGAGUCCAUCUUGAUUACUCUGGGGUACAGCAGUGCUUUACUGAAGUUUGAGUCUCAUGCUGAAUUCAGUGCAUUUGCAAAUACUUUGAAAAUAUGCCGAAAUAAAAAAAAGGAAUACUCAGUGUUCAGCCAGCGGACAGAAGAAGCAUCUGCUGCACAGUACUUCCAGUUUUAUGGCUGCAUUUCUCAACAGCAGAACAUGAUGCAAGAUUUUGUGAGGAUAGCCACUUACCACAGAGCCAUCCUCUAGAAUCACAUUGACUUUAGAGACAAGGUGGUUCUAGAUGUUGGUUGUGGAUCAGGAAUCCUGUCAUUUUUUGCUGUACAGGCUGGAGCUAGGAGAGUUUAUGCAGUUGAAGCCAGUUCAGUAGCACGGUAUGCUGAGAUGCUAGUGAAAAAUAAUCACCUUUCAGACAAGAUCAUUGUUUUGCCAGGAAAAAUUGAAGACAUCUCACUUCCUGAGGCUGUAGAUGUGAUCAUUUCCGAACCAAUGGGAUACAUGCUGUUCAAUGAACGGAUGCUAGAGAGUUAUCUUCAUUCCAAUAAAUGGCUAAAAUCAAACGGAAUGAUGUUCCCGACAUUCAGCGACAUCCACUUGGCCCCUUUUUCUGAUGAACAGCUCUAUGUGGAACACUUCUCCAGAGCCAGUUUUUGGUACCAACAAUGUUUCUAUGGGGUCAAUCUGUCCAGUCUCCAGGGUGCCGCAGUGGAUGAAUACUUCAGGCAGCCAAUAGUAUUAAGUGACACAUUUGAUGUUAGGAUUUUGAUGGCUCAAACAGUCAAAUACACAGUAAACUUUAUGGAUGCAGAAGAGGAAGAUCUACACAGAGUAGAAAUUCCCUUUGUGUUUCAGAUGGCACAGUCUGGGCUCAUCCAUGGCCUGGUGUUCUGGUUUGAUGUGGCAUUUGUUGGAUCUCUAGUAACGGUUUGGCUGUCAACAGCCCCAACUGAGCCUCUGACUCAUUGGUACCAGGUGCGGUGCCUCCUGCAGACUCCUCUCUUUGCCAAGGAAGGGGAGACACUGUCAGGGAAAGUGCUGUUUGUAGCCAAUAAACGACAGAGCUGUGACAUUCAGAUCGUGGCGUUGGUGAACCAAACAGGCUUCAGAUCUGAGAACAUCCUCGUCUUAAAGAAUCCUUUCUUUAGCACGGAAGCCACAGGGUUAAUGACGUCAUUUCCCGUGGCCGUUGUCGCGUCCUCUGCCCGACGGAUUCUUUCAAGGGCCAAAAUCCUCGCGCCUCAAGAGGAGGCAUAA